UUCGUGGCAACGGAAGUGCGAUGGCGUGUGAGUGAGCGGGCUUUUUGGAAGUUUGUGGUGGCAGUGAGGCUGAGUUUUAUGGUACGUGCAACAAUGGACCAGAAAAUUCUCUCUCUGUCAACAGAAAAAACAGCAGACAGAUUGCAGGAAUUUCUUCAAACCCUGAAAGAAGAUGAGCUGGCUACUCUCCUUCAGCAUCAGGCAGUAAAAGGAAAAACUGCUGGAGCAUUCCUGAGAGCCAUCUUCAAAGGUUCCCCGUGCUCUGAGAAGGCUGGAGCUCUUAGGAGACUUAAGACAUACACUUGCUGUAUUCAAUUGGUAGAAUCCGGGGAUUUGCAGAAAGAAGUAGCAUCUGAGAUCAUAGGAUUACUGAUGCUGGAGGCCCACAAUUUUCCAGGACCAUUAUUGGUUGAAUUAGCCAAUGAAUUUGUUGGUGCAAUCAAGGAGGGCAACCUAAUGAAUGGAAAAUCUUUAGAGUUAUUACCCAUCGUUCUCACUGCCCUUAUUACCGAAAAGGAGAAUCUGGUUUAUGGAAAAGAUGAACUGAGUGGGGAAGAAUGUAAGAAGCAGUUGAUUAAAACCCUGUGUUCUGUCAGAUGGGAUCGGCAAUACGUAGUUCAGUUCACCUCCAUGUUCAAGGAUGUCCCUCUGACUGCAGAAGAGGCAGAAUUUGUGGUGGAAAAAGUGUUGAAGAUGUUCUCCAAGUUGAACCUUCAAGAAGUACCGCCUUUGGUCUAUCAGCUUCUGGUUCUCGCCUCAAAGGGAAACAGAAAGAGGGUUUUGGAAGGAAUCAUUGCUUACUUCAACAAGCUGGAUAAGCAGCACAAUGAGGAACAGAGUGGUAAUGAGCUCUUGGAUCUUGUUACCAUGCCAUCAGGUGAACUUCGUCACGUGGAAGGCACAGUUAUUCUACACAUUGUGUUUGCCAUCAAAUUGGACUGUGAACUCGGCAGAGAACUCCUGAAACAUGUGAAGGCAGGACUGCAAGGAGAUUUCAGUAAUAAUAUAUGUCCCUUCAGCAUUGCCCUCCUGCUUUCUAUAACAAGAAUACAAAGAUUUGAGGAACAGGUGUUUGACCUUUUAAAGACUUCAGUUGUAAAAAGUUUUAAGGAUCUUCAGCUUCUCCAAGGCUCAAAGUUUCUUCAGAAUCUAGUUCCUCAUAGGUCUUGCGUUUCCACCAUGAUCCUGGACGUGGUAAAGAAUAGUGUUCAUAGCUGGGAUCAUGUUACUCAGGGCCUCGUAGAAUUUGGCUUCAUUUUAAUGGAUUCGUAUGGGCCAAAGAAGAUUCCUGAUGGAAACAAUAUUGAAACCAGCCCAGGUCUUUCUAGAACACCACAGCAGCAUGCAUGUAAGCUGGGAGCUAAUAUCCUGUUGGAAACUUUUAAGAUCCAUGAGAUGAUCAGGCAAGAAAUUCUGGAGCGAAUCCUCAACAGAGUUGUGAGCAGAGCAUCCUCUUCUAUCAGCCAUUACUUAGACCUGUUUUCAAAUAUCACCAUGUGUUCACCCUUAGUUCUUCAGAGUUGUUCUUCUAAAGUCACAGAAACUUUUGACUAUUUAUCCUUUCUGCCCCUUCAAACUGUACAAGGGCUGCUGAAGGCAGUUCAGCCCCUUCUCAAAGUGAGCAUGUCAAUGAGAGACUCUCUGAUACUUGUCCUUCGGAAAGCUAUGUUUGCCAGCCGGCUUGAUGCCCGAAAAGCUGCAGUUGCUGGGUUUUUGCUGCUCCUGAAGAACUUCAAAGUUUUAGGCAGCUUGUCGUCCUCACAAUGCAGUCAGUCUCUCGGUGUCAGCCAGGUCCAUGUGGAUGUCCACAGCCAUUACAAUUCGGUCGCCAAUGAAACUUUUUGCCUUGAGAUCAUGGAUAGUUUGAGGAGAUGUUUAGGCCAGCAGGCUGAUGUUCGACUCAUGCUUUAUGAGGGGUUCUAUGAUGUGCUUCGAAGAAACUCGCAGCUGGCCAAUUCAAUCAUGCACACUCUGCUCUCACAGUUAAAACAGUACUACGAGCCACAACCUGAUGUGCUGCCUCCUCUGAAAUUAGAAGCUUGUAUUUCGACCAAAGGAGAUCAGAUCUCUCUACAAGAACCACUGGAUCAUCUGCUGUGUUGUGUUCAGCACUGUUUGGCUUGGUAUAAGAGUCGAGUGUUGCCCCUACAGCAGGAAGAAGAGGAGGAAGAGGAAUUCUAUCAAGACUUAGACGACAUGAUGGAGUCUAUUACCAGUAGAAUGAUUAAGAGUGAACUAGAGGACUUUGAACUGGAUAAAUCAGCAGAUUUUUCUCAGAGCACUGGUAUCGGCAUCAAAAAUAACAUCUGUGCUUUUCUUGUGAUGGGAGUUUGUGAGGUUUUAAUAGAAUAUAAUUUCUCCAUUGGUAAUUUCAGUAAGAAUAAGUUUGAGGAGGUUCUGAGCUUAUUCCUGUGUUACAAGAAACUCUCUGACAUCCUUAACGAAAAAGCGGGUAAAGGCAAAACUAAAACGGCCAACAAAACACAUGAUAGUUUUUUGUCCAUGAACUUUGUGUCUGAUCUUCUCACCGCUCUUUUCAGGGACAAUACCCAAAGCCACGAAGAGAGCCUUUCUGUCCUAAGGUCCAACAUUGACUUUAUGCGCUAUGCAGUGAGCAUGGCUCUGCAGAAGAUACAGCAGCUAAUGAAAACAGGGCACGUGAGUGGCCCUGGUGGCCAAAACCCAGAGAAGAUCUUUCAGAACCUCUGUAACAUAACUCGGGUUUUGCUUUGGAGAUACACUUCCAUUCCUACUUCAGUGGAAGAAGAGUCGGGGAAGAAAGAGAAAGGAAAGAGCAUCUCGCUGCUGUGUUUGGAGGGUUUGCAGAAAACCUUCGGUGCCGUGCUGCGGUUCUUUCAGCCCAGGAUUCCCCAGUUUCUCCAGGCGCUGGACGCCCCAGAUAAUGAGGGAGAAGAGGUGGAAGUGACUGUCACUCAGAGAGCAGCAUUCCAGAUCCGGCAGUUUCAGAGGUCCUUGUUGAAUUUACUUAGCAGCCAAGAGGAAGACUUUAAUAGCAAAGAAGCCGUCCUACUCGUCAGUUUUCUCUCCAGCUUGUCGAAGCUGCUGGAGCCCUCCUCCCCUGAGUUUAUGCAGAUGUUAUCCUGGACAUCUAAGAUUUGCAAGGAAAACAGCCGGGAGGAUGCCUCGUUUUGCAAGGGUUUGAUGAAUUUGCUUUUCAGCCUCCAUGUUUUGUGUAAGAGUCCUGUCAUCCUCCUGCGUGACUUGUCCCAGGAUAUCCAUGGGCAUCUUGGAGACAUAGAUGAGGAUGUAGAGAUGGAAGAAACAAACCACUUUGCAAUGGUGAAUUUGAGAACAGCUGCCCCUACUGUCUGUUUACUUGUUCUGAGUCAGGCUGAGAAGGUCUUAGAAGAAGUGGACUGGCUAAUCGCCAAGCGUAAGGGACAAGUGAGCCAAGAGACCAUAUCAGAAGAGGCCUCUUCGCAGGCAACCCUUGCAAACCAUCCCAUUGAGAAAGCCAUCAUCAUGGAACUGGGAACCCUGCUUACAUUUUUCCAUGAGCUGGUGCAGACAGCCCUGCCAUCAGGCAGCUGUGUGGACACCUUGUUAAAGGACCUUUGCAAGAUGUAUACCAUUCUUACAGCACUUGUCAGAUAUUAUCUCCAGGUGUAUCAGAGCUCCAGAGGAAUUCCAAAAAUUAUGGAGAAGCUGGUGAAGCUGUCAGGUUCUCAUCUGACACCCCUAUGCUAUUCUUUCAUUUCGUACAUACAGAACAAGACACAGAGCCUAAAACAUACCGGAGGAAAGAAAGCGAAGAAAACUGCUGCUGUUGCCAUGGCCAUGGCCAGAGUUCUUCGGGAAACGAAGGCAAUCCCAAAUCUCAUCUUUGCCAUUGAACAGUAUGAAAAAUUUCUCAUCCGCCUUUCCAAGAGGUCCAAGGUGAACCUGAUGCAGCACAUGAAGCUCAGCACCUCGCGGGACUUCAAGAUCAGAGGAAACGUCCUGGACAUGGUUCUCCAAGAAGAGGAGGAGGAAAACGAAGAGGACACUGCGUCAGAGCACGAGGGACAGAACGAAGAGCCAGCCAAGAAGAAAAAGAAAAAAAAAUGAAAUGCCUGAGUUAAUGUGAACUUUGGGGCUUCUGCUUUCUUUUGACCCAACACGCAACAGUACCCCCUUGUCCUACAGCCUGCACCGAUGUUGGCAUCUUGGUUCUGAACCCACUGAACUCAACUGCACCUUCAGUUACAGGCGAUCUU